ACACACACCUAGGGACAAUUUAGAGGGACCCAUUAACCUCAUAUGUUUGAGCUGUGGGAGGAAGUACCCAUGCAUGCACAGGGAGAACAAGCAAACUUCUGGCAGAAAGACCUCAAGCUGGGAUUUAAACCCAGGACCUUCUUGCAACAAAGCAACAGCGCUUGCCACUGCUCCACUGUGUAGCCAAUAACAGUUAAAUACAAAAUUAAAACAAAAUGUAAAGAGAAACAAAAAAGAAAAGUUAAAGUGAUUAGAAAAAUAAUAAACAAAAUAGUGCAACUUAUCUCUUCAUAUUGUCUAUUUUAAAAAAUCUACAUUUAAAUUUUCUUUUAUUCAUUUGUCAAACUUGUACUCUUCUACAGACAUUUUCCUCUUUAUUUAUUUAUUUGUUUAUUUAUUUGUUUGUUUGUUUAUUCUUGCAGAUAUUUAUUUGACUUCAUUUUGGCACUGUUAUCACUCCAUAGAGAGGCUGUCAUGCUCACAGGUGGGUUUUGCAUAGUCAAAUGUUGUAAUAGGUUGUUACAUAUCAGCAGUUAUAUACCAGCACUCUAGCUGCAGUUUUUUGCACAAUGGCUUCAUGCUUUUUUCUCCUGUGUGUCGUGAGCCUGGUGUUCAGGUCGUGCUGCAGCAUGCGCUCACCUGAAUGGUUUCAGAACAUUUCUACUGACCUGUUCAGCUAUCCUGGUGACAUAAACCUCGGCGGGCUCUUUCCUAUCCAGCAAGCUAAGAAUAUAAGUCGCAUUAUAGCCCCUAACAGCAUCAAGUGUGAAAGUUUAAAUGAACUUGGACUGGGCCUGGCUUUAGUAAUGAAAUUUGCAGUGGAUGAGAUCAACGGGAACCAGAGUCUGCUGCCUGGCAUCAAGUUAGGUUAUAAAAUCUACGACACAUGCAGCCAGUCAUCUAUCAUUGUGAAGCCUACUCUAUCCUUCCUCACAGCAAAAACCAGCCACGCUCUCUCUGUGGAAUGCAAUUACACUGAUUAUGAGACCAGCAUGUCAGCGGUCAUCGGUCCAUACACCUCAGAGAUGGUUUCAGUCAUUGGAAAACUGCUGGGAUUCUUUCUAAUGCCACAGAUUAGCUAUGGAGCCACCAGCGAUACAUUCAGUGACAGUCUGCUCUACCCAUCGUUCUUUCGUACGGUGCCCAGCGAUAAAUGGCAAGUGGACGCCAUGGCUCGUCUGAUGAAGGAGUUUGGAUGGAACUGGGUGGCGGUGAUAGGCAGUGACGAGGCAUAUGGACAACAAGGUGUGCAGCAGUUCUCUAAAUCAGCAGAAAACAUGUCCAUCUGCGUGGCCUAUCAGAGCCUCAUUCCAGUCUACACUGAUUCCAAACCAGCUGUCAAAACCAUCAUCGACAAUAUCAUAGCAACAGAGGUCAAAGUCGUCCUGUUGUUUUCCCUCGCAGAUCCGGCUGUGUCAUUUUUUGAAGAGGUCAGUGAAAGACAUUUUCAAAACUCUUCACAUGUCGAUGCCUUACUGCGAACAGUCUUCCCAUUCACUCUCUUCCAGGUUAUCAACAACAAUCUAACAGGUGUGUGGAUUGCCAGCUCCAGCUGGGUCAUCCACAAUCGAGUGAUGUCCAUACCAAACAUCCAUAAAAUCGGUACGGUCAUCGGAUUCAUUGAAAAAUUGGAGACACUGGAGUUGUUAGUUCCUUACAUGCAAGAGCUGUUGGCAAAACUGAGUCUAAAGGCUUCUUCUCCAAACCUAAGUACUGGUAAUCCUGAUGACCCCUGCCCACAGUGUUGGGACUUGUCCCCGGCUAACAUCAGCCUGGUGACUAACACCCUGGUGCAGAGGUUGGCCUUUGCUGUGUAUGCUGCCGUCUACAGUGCAGCAAAGGCUCUGCACAACAUGCUCGAGUGCAAUUCAACAUUGUGCAAAUGGGAUUCUAACACGAAAAUCUACCCCUGGAAGCUGUUGGAGGUUUUAAGGAACACUUCAACUGACAUAAAUGGCACAAAAUUAGAGUUUGAUGCGAAUGGAAAUCCAAAUGUUGGUUACAGCCUGAUACAGUGGAUAUGGGAAUCGUCAGUUGUGAAUUUUAAAAAUGUUGGAAGUUAUUGUAAAAAUGAGCUUUCCCUCAACAAGUCCAAUAUCCAAUGGCACACUCAAAACUCAGAGGCUCCUAAUUCAACCUGCUCAGCAAACUGUCAGAGUGGACAAGUUCGCAGAGUCAAAGGCUUUCAGUCCUGUUGUUACGACUGCAUCGACUGCGUGGCUGGCACUUUCCAGAAAAAUGAGGAUGACAUCCUAUGCACCCCGUGUCCUGAUAGACAGUGGUCCAUUCCACGCAGCACCACCUGCACUCCCCCCAGCUUUGCCUUUUUGGCUUGGAACUCAGUGGAAGCCCUGGAAAUCUUGCUAAUGUUGAUUUUGCUGCUGAUGUGUGAGGUUUCUAUCUUUGCCUUAUUCCUGAAACAUCGCGGGACUCCUCUGGUAAAGGCAGCGGGGGGCGUCCUGACUUUUGUGUCUUUGCUAAGCCUGAUGGGAGGCAGUUUAAGUCUGAUGCUUUUCCUGGGACAGCCUGGGGACAUGCUUUGCCAUCUUCAACUGCCCCUCAUUACCAUUUUCCAAACUGUUGCUGUCUCCAUUACCCUAUCCAUAUCACUUCAGAUAUUCGUUGUGACAGAGUUCCCAAAGAAGGUCGCCCCUCACCUGCAGGCUCUGAGGGGUCCUGGAAGCUGGCUGUUCAUCCUGAUCUGCUGCAGUGUGCAGGCGGGCCUCUGUGGCUGGUUUGUUCUAGAAGAAGACUCUCUGUCUGAACUUUUAGCAAAUAUGGAAAUCAACUUCGUGAAUUCCUUUCUGUCAUGUCCAGCGGCUUCGGAUAAACUUGCUGUCAUGCAGGGCUUUAAUGGUGCAAUGGCCCUCGUGUCGUUUAUGUCCUCAUUCAUGGCGGUGAAGCCUCUUCACCAGUACAACCUUGCCAGGGAUAUAACCUUUUCCACCCUGAUCUACUGUGUGAUUUGGGUGGUCUUUAUUCCGGUCUACACAGGCCUGAAAACCUCCAGCACCACUGGGUCUAAGGAUUUAUCCAUGGUUCAUGUUUUUUUCACCUUUGCGGCUAACUUCGGAUUGGUGGUUGCAUAUUACUUCCCAAAAUGCUUCUUGCUGCUGAGGAGAGCUGACUUAAACAAACCAGAACUGUUCUGUACUUUCUUGGAGGGCGUCCCGCCAACAGCAUCACAGGAGGAUCCACAACCACAGAUGGAGUUAAACUAG